GCAUGCAGAGGGAGGCUGCUGAAGAUCCGGCAAGAUGUACCACACUGCAACUGUGCCAUUCACCAUCCUGACCAAUCUGACAGCUGAACCAAUCCUGACCAAUCUGGGCUGCAGCACCAACCAGCCAUGGUUAACAGACCUGUUAGACACAGUGACAACACGCAGAAGGAAUUUGGACCAACAGGUUUUACAGGAGGAUGCAGAGACUGAGACUGCAGUCUGUGGUGAGCACAAUAAGGCAUUGCCUGACUCUGAGGAAACAGGAAUUUCAGAACUGAAAGCAUCGCAAGAGACUCGGAGAAAGAACAGCCACAGGGGAAACAAAGGAAGCAGGACAAACCAAAGCGUGCACCUCUGGGAGUUUGUACGUGACCUUUUGCUGAGUCCACAGAAGAACCAAGAGGCAGUGCGAUGGGAGAACCGUAAGGAAGGAACGUUCCGUGUCGUUAAGUCUGACAUGUUCGCCCAGUUAUGGGGAGAGCAGAAGAAGAACAAAUGUAUGAAUUAUGAGAAGCUAAGCCGGGCCCUAAGGCAUUACUAUAAGUCCGGUAUUCUGGAACGAGUAGACGGGAGACUAACUUACAAAUUUGGGAAGAAAGCUCAUGGGUGGAAAGAAGACUCUACUACAUAAUGAUCUAUAAAGACAAGCAGUGGCGGUAUCAAAAAGAAUU